AUGGCAUCAAGAAAUAAAAUCUUUUUGGGCACAUUUGUGCAUAGCAAGAGCCGCACAGAGCUGGAAUACCUCCACGACGCAGCCAUGUGCGUCGACGGUUCCUCGGGAACGAUCGUCCACAUCGAGCGCGACUUUGGCAGCGACCACUCCCCCGCCAGUAUCGAGCGUCUGGUCUCGCAACUCGGGCCGUCGUGGGCAUCAUCAUCACCAUCGGAGAGCGGCGGCGGCGGCGGCGGCGGCGGCGAUGACGGCAACAGCAGCCACCAUCGCGAUGGCUACGACGUCGUGGCGACGGAGCAAGGCCAGUUCUUCUUCCCGGGAUUCGUCGACACGCACAUCCACGCGGCGCAGUACCCCAACGCCGGACUGUUCGGCAAGACGACGCUGCUGGACUGGCUGGAGGAGUACACGUUCCCGCUGGAGGCGAGCCUGGCGUCAGACCUCCCCAAGGCCAAGAGGGUGUACACGACGGCCGUGCGGCGGACGCUGCGCAACGGGACGACGACGGCGGCCUACUACGCCACCAUUGACGUGGCGGCCACCAACCUGCUGGCGGACGUGUGCCUCUCCCUGGGCCAGAGGGCGCUGGUGGGGCGGGUGUGCAUGGACGAGAGGACGGUGUGCCCGGCCUACUACCGCGACGAGAGCGCGGAGGAGUCGCUGCGGCGGACGGUCGAGACGGUGGAGCACUGCGCGCGCGUCGACCCGACGGGGCGGAUGGUGGGGCCCAUCCUCACGCCGCGGUUCGCGCCGUCGUGCUCGGUCGAGUCGAUGCGGGGGCUGGCCGCGCUGCAGCGGUCGAGGGACCUGCCGGUGCAGACGCACGUGUCGGAGAACAGGGGGGAGAUCAGCCUCGUCAAGAAGAUGUUUGCCGGUCUAGAGGGCGCCACGCUCGAGGGAGACGAAGACGGGGGGGUGUCCUACCCGGGCGUGUACGACGCCGUGGGUCUGCUGACGGGACGCACCAUCCUCGCCCACGGCGUGUACCUGACGGAGCGGGAGGCGGCGCUGGUAUCGGCGCGCGGGAGCAAGGUGGCCCACUGCCCGUGCAGCAACAGCGCGCUGGCGAGCGGUUCGGCGCGCGUCCGCUGGCUGUGGCAGCACGGCAUAGACGUCGGCCUGGGCACCGACGUGAGCGGCGGAUACAGCGCUUCCAUCCUCGAGGCGGCGCGGCAGGCCGCCCUCGUCAGCAGGGUCGUCGCCGUCGCCGAGGCCGAGAGACGGGCUGGCGGGGAGGCGGAGACGAGCAAGCUGACGGCCCAGGAGGUACUGUACCUCGCCACCAGGGGCGGUGCCGUCGUGGUCGGCAUGGAAGACAGGCUGGGCGGCUUCGAGGUCGGCAUGCAGUGGGACGCGCAGCUGGUCGGGCUCGGCAUGGUCAAGGAGGAGGAGGAGGAGGAGGAGGAUGGGGAAGAUGACGACGGCAACUGCGACGUGUUUGGUUGGGAGAGCUGGGGGGAGAGGUUGGAGAAGUGGCUGUAUACGGGUGAUGAUAGGAAUACCAAGAUGGUCUGGGUCGGGGGGAGGUUGGUACACGAGAGGAGGGUGAAGGGCAGGAGAUCUGGAUGCAUGUAG